UAUACUCAGGACAUAAUAUAUCGAGUACUCUCACCUCUCACCCACGAUAGCUUCACACGUAAAUUCGCUUCUCUCUCAAUUCGCUCGCUGCUCGUUGGGUUCGUUGGCCUCUGCUGCUGCGAUAGAUUCGUGUAUAGAUUCUUUGGCCUCUACUGCUGCUAAAUCUUCUAUAUCUAUCUACAAUUUGCUCGUUCGGUUUAUACCCAAGAAGAGGGGUUGCUGCCAAAUCCAUUGGUUCAAUUCACAAGAGGGGUUUCUGUUAAAUCACAAGUAGAAGGGUUUCUGCCAAAUUGCUGGGUAGGUGAGUAAACUACAGGACUUCUUUCUAAAAAUUUUAUAGAGGAACAAAGACUUCUACUGCUUGGUGAUACUUGCAUGCUAAUUGCUUCAUAUAUAACAUGGAUCGUGCCACAUGGAUGUAUAAAUUACCGCGGGUCGCACAUGAGUAUGUUAGUGGGGUUAAUGAAUUCAUUUCAUGUGCGGUGGAGAACUUAAAGAAGAAAGGCACUGAACAUGGUAAUGAAGAAAUGAUCACAUGUCCCUGUCGCGACUGUUCUAAUUUAAAAAAGUAUCCUAAUGUCGAGACAGUGCGUGAACAUUUAUUUCGACGUGGUUUCAUGAAAGAUUAUACUAAGUGGAUUUGGCAUGGUGAAGGAAUACAAUCUAAAAAAACAGAGACAAUUAGCAGAAAUAAUGAAAAUUAUGGAGAUGAUAUGGAGGAUACCAAUAAAGAAGAUGAUGUAGAAAACGACAGGGUCCAUGAGAUGAUUGAAGAUGUUGAAGAUCUUCUAAUGCACCAGCCGGAAGUUCUUGAACACUUGGUUGAUGACUCCAAAAAACCUUUGUAUCCCGGGUGCAGUGAUCAGUUUACGAGGUUGUCAACUACCCUUAAAUUGUGUAAGCUUAAAGUGAAGAAUGGGUGGAGUGACAAGAGUUUCACUGAAAUGCUAAAACUUCUGGCAGACAUUCUUCCGCUGAAGAAUGAGCUUCCCACUUCCACCUAUGAGGCGAAGAAGAUAUUGUGUCCGAUGGGUAUGAAUGUGAAGAAGAUACAUGCAUGUCCAAAUCACUGUGUGUUGUUUCGCAACGAGCAUGAACAUCUACACGCCUGUCCAAAAUGCAGAGCAUCUAGGUUCAAGCGGGAAGGAAGUAAUUCUUGUACUAAUGACAAGAAGAGGCCUCCGGUCAAGGUUUUGCGUUAUCUGCCUAUAGUGGAACGAUUCAAACGACUCUUUGCAAAUGUAAAUGAUGCGAAGCUUUUGAGAUGGCAUGUUGAAGGAAGAAAAUCUGAUGGGAUGCUCCGACACCCAGCCGACUCACCACAAUGGAGAACCAUUGAUGGAAAGUUUCCGGAAUUUGGUGGAGAACUUAGAAACCUUCGACUUGGCCUUUCUGCAGAUGGCAUGAAUCCGUAUCGCACUUUAAGCUCACAACAUAAUACUUGGCCGGUUGUUUUAACCAUUUAUAACUUGCCUCCUUGGUUAUGCAUGAAGCGCAAGUACAUAAUGUUGGCGUUGCUAAUACCCGGCCCUAAAGAGGCAGGGAAUGACAUAGAUGUUUAUCUCCAGCCACUUAUUGAAGAUCUAAUGUUAUUGUGGGAUCAAGGUGUGGAGAUAUAUGAUGCCUACAGCCGAACAAACUUCAUCCUGCAUGCCAUGGUUUUCUGCACCAUAAGCGACUUUCCUGGAUACGGAAAUCUAUCUGGGUACAGUGUCAAAGGAGCUAAUGCUUGUCCGAUUUGUGUAGAUGCGACGAUUGACAUUCGCUUACACAAUUGCAAAAAAAAUGUAUACAUGGGUCAUCGUACUUUUCUUCCUCUUAACCACCCUUAUCGUAAGAACAAAAAGUCUUUUGAUGGGACUAUCGAAACUCGAGUGGCUCGUUUACCUUUAACCGGGAAGGAGGUUUUUCAACGAGAGAUAUUGAUGUUGUGCUUGGGAAGUUAUAUAAAAGGCCAACCGUAAGUAGCGUCUGGAAGAAGAGAUCUAUUUUCUGGGAUCUUCCAUAUUGGGAGCACUUGCAAGUCCGGCACUGUCUUGAUUUUAUGCAUAUUGAAAAAAAUGUUUGUGAAAGCAUUAUUGGAACUUUGUUGAAUAUACCUGGCAAAACAAAGGAUGGCAUGAAAGCCAGAUUAGACUUGCAGGAGAUGGGUAUUCGGGCAGAGUUAGCACCGCAACAAUCUGGUAAACGUACAUAUCUACCUCCAGCUUGUUUCACUUUGUCUAGAAAAGAGAAAAUCAGCUUGUGUGAGUGUUUAUCUACUGUGAAAGUUCCAUCUGGGUAUUCCUCGAACCCUAAAAUUUUUGUCUCAAUGAAAGAUUUGAAGCUGAUAGGUUUGAAGUCACAUGAUUGUCACGUUUUAAUGCAACAUCUACUUCCUGUUGCAAUUCGUGGCAUAUUGCCCAAGGACGUGAGACUAGCGAUCACGAAACUUUGCUUCUUCUUUAAUGCUAUAUGCAGUAAGGUAAUUGAUCCCAUGACAUUAGAUAAAUUGCAAGCUGACAUUAUUGUCACACUUUGUGAAUUUGAAAUGUACUUCUUUCACUCAUUCUUUGACAUAAUGGUGCAUUUAGUGGUUCAUCUUGUGAGAGAGGUUAAGAUUUGUGGUCCUUUAUAUCUGCACCAAAUGUAUCCUUUCGAGAGAUUCUUGUGUAUCUUAAAAGCAUAUGUAAGAAACCGACGUCUGCCCGAAGCCAGUAUAGUUGAAGGGUAUACAAUUGAAGAGACUAUUGGAUUUUGCACGGACUAUCUAGCAUCUACUGAUCGGGUUGGAAUUCCAAUAUCUCGUCAUGAAGGAAGACUUCAAGGUCAGGGUACGUUGGGACAUAAAAUGAUAUCUCCUAGUGCUGAAAUGCUUGACAGAGCCCAUUUAUUCGUAUUGCAACACAUGACUGAUGUCCAUUCCUACUUACAAGAGCACUUGUUCGAUAUUCAAAAAAAUCAUCCUUCUAAGAGCGGAAAAUGGGUUACAAAUGAACACAAUCGAUCAUUUGUUAAAUGGUUUAGAGAUCGAGUGAUGUUGCAAUAUUCAUCAAGUCAUUCUUCCGUUUCUAAUACAGUUAAAUGGCUAGCAUAUGGUCCUGACAUGCCAGUGAGAUCUUACCAAGCAUAUGAUGUUAAUGGGUAUACUUUCUAUACACAAUGUCAAGAUCAGAAAAGUACAGUGCAAAAUAUUGGAGUCUGUGUGGAAGCUUCUUCCACGGAAUUUGAUAGAGGCAAUUCCAUGACCUCAAGAGAUAUAAAGAAGUCGUACUAUGGGGUGAUUGAAGAAAUUUGGGAGCUUGACUACAGGGAUUUCAAGGUUGCUCUCUUUAAAUGUAAAUGGUUCGAUAUAAAGCGUGGUGUUCGGGUGGAUGACUCGGGUUUCACUUUAGUAGACUUUGUUCGGUUUGGCCACGAGGAUGACCCAUUCAUAUUUGCUACACAGGUUAACCAAGUAUUUUAUAUUCGAGACCCCGCUGAUCCUAAGUGGUCCAUUGUUCUUCAAAGUAAACGAUGCAUUGUUGGAAUUGAUAAUGUUGAAGACGAGGAGGAAUAUAAUCAAUUUGACGAUAAUCCCCCUUUCUCCAUUGGUAUACAAACGACCACAUUAAGGGAAGACAAUGUAGAUAUAAAUUAUGCACGCAAUGACCAUGAUGAAGGGGUAUGGAUUGAGGACCCCAUAGCUAAUCUAGAAAAUUUGGAAUCUCUUGACUCGUCAAUUUUAUCGAGUGAUCGUAGCAGCCGGAGUUAUGACUGGGUUAGAGCACGUACAAAAAAGAAGGAGGACGGCAGUUAUUACAUCCCAAAUAGCCAGACAAAGGAAGUCUUUGAUAAAAUGGGAGAGUUGCAGAAGCAAGUUUCAGACGGAAGUUGGACACCACAGGGUCAUGAUGAUAUAUUAUCACGCGCACUUGGACGUAGGGAACAUGGAGGACGUGUUAGAGGUGUUGGUGGAGGAGCAAAAAUCAAAGAUGUCUUUGGAUCGGGAAAAAGCAAACAGAGUGGGGUCAUCUCAAUGGAUGAAUUGGCCACGAUCACACAAGAAAUCACAAAGAAAGUUCAGAGGGAGUGUGAUGAAAAGAUGGAGAUGAUGAACACAAAACUUCAUGGGAUCUUUCAGUAUUUAAAACAAAUAGGCCUAUCACUCCCUGAGAAUAAUUUCAUGGAUGAUAUCGAAAACCCAAGUCCUGGUAUUGUUCGAAGUAGCUGCCAGUCAGUAGGAGGAGAAGAUCAUAUAUCAGAGCUGAUGACACCAACUCUUUGUCGGCUUUGCGUGCUGGAUAAGGUCAAAGGUAGAGUUGUUGUGGCUAGGGGCACUGUAUUCCCGUCGAACAAUGAAAGGGGUAACAUGAUCCAUAAUAAUCCAGUCGCCCCACAAAAUAUUAGAGUAUCUGUUGAUGAUGUUGUACCAGAAUAUCAACUGACUCCCCUUCCAGUGCCUUGUUCUGAACAUGAAACAAUAGGAAAUGCUGAGGGCAGUUUUGUGCAGUGGCCUAAGGAGCUCGUGAACUUAGGACAGGAUCCCGUAUCUUUGGAGAAGAAAAAAGGUCUUGAAAAAAGCCCGAAAAAUGUUGUCAGAAGGCUUGAGAGUAAAGGUUCAACCACUCCAGUGAAGAAAGGCUCGGGUGAUGAAAAUUCAACUCAAAAUUGUCGAUCCUUACGGUACUUGCUUGAGCAAUCUGGUUCAAAAGGUGCAACCUUUACUUUUCAAGAUGGAGGAAUUCCCAUUUAUGUGACAUAUGAAAAUGUUGAUCAAUUUCUAAAAAAGUGUUGGUUAAAUAUACCCAUCUUGGAAAUCUUUUCGAAGUACAUUGCGAAAUUAUGCAAAGAGCUGAACGAUGAUACAUUUGCAUUUUUUUCACCAUCUAGACUGGUGAUAAAUCACAAGCGUGACUAUAAACGUAUUGAUGAAGUCAUUCAGUAUAUGACAGAGUUUUUAGUUGCGAACAAAGAUAAGCGUUUUAUCUUUGCACCAUACAUCCAAGAUGAUCACUGGAUGUUGCUUAUGUUCAGUUUGGAAGAAAGUGUUAUUUAUGUGUUCGAUUCUUUGAGGAGGGAACGAGAUAUACGGUUGACGACACCAGCACGAACUGCAUUUAAACUGUAUGUACCACAAGGUGGCAGGAAGAAUAACAGAAAGGAAUUUCUUUGGUAUCAUACAGAAGUUCAGUGUCCUCAACAACUAGGAGGUACGGAGUGUGGAUUUUUUAUAAUGAGGUACAUGUAUGAAAUAAUCACGCUUUCUCAAAAAAAUCCUAACACUAACUGGAAAGAGGGUCUUGGUUCAAGGAGGUAUACGAAGAAAGAAAUUAAUGAGGUUCAAGAGUUGUGGGCUGAAUUUUUUACCGUUGAAUGUCUAUAAUCAGAUGGACAGUCUAUGAAGGUCACUCCAAGUUUUUAGUGAAGAAAUGAAGAAAAGACUCAGACUGAUUGGUAGAUUUCAUAGACUUUCUUAGUGUUUGUAUGUAGUAAGAAAAAUUUAGACUGAUUACUAGAAUUCAUAGACUCAGAUUGUAAUAUAAUUUCAAUGUACAUUUUGAUUGCUGUAAUGGAUGUAGAUUCCUAGCUAACUAAAUUUGUUUGAUUUAGUGUUA